AUGCAGAACUCUUCAACUGCUACAGCUGCUCAUCCAGGACACCUGGCGCAGCCUUGGAGUAAUCCUCACAUGUAUUCGAAUACCGGUUCCCAUCAGCGUGAUCCAACAAAUCCCCGGUCGUACGCGACCGGGGCUGGAGGCGCGACCUCCGAUGACCAGUACGCGGCGUACCAGCAGGCCGCUGGCUUUGCCAACGUCGGUACUGGCUACAACUACGGUGGUAACAUGAGCAACCUGUACAACACGACUUCCCCGUCAAUGCCAUCCGGCUCGCGACGAACAUCCAACCCCAAGUCGCCCUAUCAGCAAACAUCCAGCGUACUGAGCGGUGGUCACUCUAGCCAGGGUGUUGGCUCUGGUCAGAGUCAGCAGUACGGCAGCGGUGGCUACUAUGGCUCCUACUACGACCAGCAGCACAGUGGCCACCACCAGGGUAGCGCCGGCAGCCAGUGGCAGCAGCACUACAGCCAGCCAUCCAGCGGCUUCGCUCAGGCCCCCGUCCAGGGUCGUCAGAGCUCGUCUGGCUCGAUGACUGCUGGUGCCGCCGCCACGAGCGGAUCUGGUGGCAACAACGACCAGUCCCAGCAGUCGUCGCGAACCGGCGCUGGCUCGGCCUUCGACUACUCUGCUGCUGGCCAGCAGGGCUACCCCAACUGGGACCAGUCGCGCCAGGGCUCGAACCAGUGGCAGCAGCAGCAGCAGCCGUCUCAGCAGACGAGCGGCAGCGGCUCUGGCGCUGGCCAGUCUGCCCGCACGCAGGGCAGCAACAGCUCCAACCAGCAGCAGUCUGUCGUGAGCCCGUGGCAGGGUUACGGUAACCACCACCCCUUCCCUCCUCCGCCCCAGCCCGUUCCCCAGAUGGGUGGCCAGCUUCCUCCUGGCCAGUAUGGCGCUUGGAACCAGUGGAACGGUGCUCCUGGCUACUACCCGCCUGGUCCUCACCAGGGCCAGCAGCAGCAGCAGCAACAACAGCAACAGCAGCAGCAGCAGCCCGCUCAGCCGCAGCAGCAGCAAGCCCCUGCCGCCACGCAGGCCAACGCCAACGCUGCACCCGCUGCCUCUAAGUCCAAGAAGAAGGACGCAGCUGCGGCCGCCGCCGCUGCCGCGCCUCCUGCCACCGCCGAGCCCACCGAGCAGGUCCUGGGCAAGCGGCCAUCCGAGUCGUCUGCCGACGAGGGUGAGGGCAAGACCGAGCCCAAGUCCAAGUCGUCGAAGAAGAACAAGAAGGAGGAGGAGAAGCCUGCCCCCAAGGCUCCCACCAAGUCCCACCUUCGCCCCCCUCGUCAGGCACCUUCUGCCUGGCAACUCUUCUUCACCGACGAGCUCAACAAGGCCAAGGCUGCCGCUGCUGCCGAGGCUGGUACUACCCCCGGUGGCACUCCGAUCCACCCCAAGCUCAACGUUGCCCAGAUCGCCAAGGACGCCGGUAUCGCCUACGCCAACCUCACCGACGAGCGAAGACGGUAUUACGCCGGCAAGGUCGCUGAGGGCAAGGAGCAGUACAAGAAGGACCUUGCUGCCUGGCAGGCUACCCUCACUCCCGAGGACAUCAAGACGGAGAACGCUUUCCGUACGCAGCAGCGUAAGGAAGGCAAGUCUCGCAAGGGUAACAUCAAGGACCCCAACGCUCCCAAGAAGCCUCUGUCUGCCUACUUCCUCUUCCUCAAGGGCAUUCGUGAGAACGAUGACCUGAAGAGGCAGGUCUGGGGUGCCGAGAGCGAGACGACCCGCCAGAGCGUCCUCGCUGCCGAGCGAUGGCGCGGCCUCUCGGACGACGAGAAGCGCCCCUACCUCCAGCAAGCUGAGAAGGACAAGCAGGAGUACGAGCACCUCCGCAAGAUUUACGAGGAGGAUGCAGCUCUCCGUGCCAAAGGCGAAGCGCCAACCGAUCGGCCGCAAUUUGCAGAAAUACAAUCGGCAGUAGUCGAACCCCCCAAGUCCCUCCUGGAUGCCCCCUCUAAGAAGUCGGAUGGCCCAAAAGGUGACAAGGCGGACGGUCGUAAUGCGGCGCCGUCCGCUGCGGACCCUGCAGCCGCAGUCGGUACCAUCAACCCCGCGAACACUACCUUUACGGUGGCGCACGCGGGCACUCCCGACCCCGAGCCCACGGCUCCUGGCUUUGACGCCCCCCUCGAGAUCGAAGACUUUCAUGGCUUUGACGACAUGGACCUGACCGGUAUCGAGGGCAUGACUGGCCACGGUGCGCCCAACGAGGGCCAGUGGGACGAUCUCGCCUAUGUUGGUGGAGACGACGACAAGAACAAGGGCAUCCCCGGCAAAGCUCAUUGA